UUCACCUGUUACAAAGUCACUCAGGUCAGUGGGUUCUUUCUCAUCUAUGAUGCUGAACUGAAGACAGAGCUGAGGAAGGAGGAGAAAGCAAAUGAGGAGGUGGAGGAGCUUGGACGGCCAGUGUACACACGCACACGCAUACACAUGCAGCAAAUCUCAGGAGUGAGCUGGAAUGGUGGGAGGCUGCUCUGAUCGUCCCUGGCUCGAUCCCUUUCUCAGGCAAGGUUUUGCAAGUAGGGGGCGCUGGGAGUGGAACUGUAUGUAGGAUUACAAUUCUCCGAGGUUUGUCUGACUUCUGCGACGGAGCACUGCGCUGCCUGUGUGACAGCCUUACGCCUGGAAGAUUAGGUGUCACAGUAAUAGCGUCAUCGACUGCUGCCUGAUGAAUAAUCAUGCUUUUGGACUGGAGGAGGCAAAGCAGCACUGGAAUUAAAAUGUGUAAAGAACAAACUGUACAAAAGAAGCACAGCCUCUAGAGAGAGAGAGAGAGAGAGAGAGAGAGAGAGAGAGAGAGAGAGAGAGAGAGAGAGACCCCUCGUGUCAGUGUCAUGGAUCACACAAGCCCAGGCAGCCCCCACAGAUGAGAUGACUGCAAACAUGGAGGUGCUUAUUGGCAUCUAUUCCCACGGCCGCCCUGUCUCAAGAGGCAAACUCGUCAGGAUGCUAUUAACUACUGCUGAACUGUCUCUCUUGUAAACUCUGACUGGUAAAAAUGGGAACUGCAGCCUAAAUGAGCGGUCCACCCAAAACUGAGAGCUGGGCACACACUCAAAUGCAGUAUGUAGCAUUGGUGACCUAUGUUUCGGGACAUGCAGUACAAAGACACUGCCAGUAUGGAAGAGCAGACAACCACUCUGAUUCACAUUUAUCAGAAUAGCACUGAGCACUUCAACACUUCGUUUGACUACAACUCGACAGAUCUGAACGAGAAUACAGACACCAGUAAGUUUUAUGUCAUUGGGCUUUUCCUCUCUUGCCUGUACACGAUCUUACUCUUCCCCAUCGGCAUUAUUGGGAACAUCCUCAUACUGGUGGUUAACUUGAACCACAGAGAGAAGAUGACCAUCCCUGACCUUUACUUCAUCAACCUGGCAGUGGCUGAUCUCAUUUUAGUGGCUGAUUCGCUCAUCGAGGUCUUUAACCUGAAUGAGAAGUACUAUGACUACGCUGUUCUCUGCACCUUCAUGUCCCUUUUCCUGCAAGUCAACAUGUACAGCAGCAUCUUCUUCCUGACAUGGAUGAGUUUCGACCGCUACGUGGCUCUGGCCAACUCCAUGAGCAGCAGACCGUUGCGCACCAUGCAGCAUGCCAAGCUCAGCUGCAGCCUCAUCUGGAUGGCCUCCAUCCUGGCCACCCUCCUGCCCUUCACCAUUGUGCAGACACAGCACACAGGCGAGGUCCACUUCUGCUUCGCCAAUGUCUUUGAGAUCCAGUGGCUGGAGGUGACAAUCGGUUUCCUGGUGCCUUUCUCUAUCAUCGGUUUGUGCUACUCCCUGAUCGUACGUAUCCUCAUGCGGGCUCAGAAGCACAGGGGCCUGUGGCCACGCCGACAAAAGGCCCUGCGCAUGAUUGUUGUGGUGGUGCUGGUGUUCUUCAUCUGCUGGCUACCUGAGAACGUCUUCAUUAGCAUCCAGCUGCUCCAGGGUACAGCAGAUCCUUCAAAGCGCACAGCAACCACCCUGUGGCAUGACUACCCUCUGACUGGGCAUAUUGUCAACCUGGCGGCCUUCUCCAACAGCUGCCUAAACCCCAUCAUCUACAGCUUCCUGGGUGAGACCUUCAGAGACAAGCUGAGGCUCUUUGUGAAGCAGAAGGCCAGCUGGUCAGUGGUCUAUCGCUUCUGCCACCACACUCUGGACCUCAACAUUCCAGUUAGGAGUGAGUCUGAGGUGUAGGACUGAAUGUAGUCCCAGAGCUAUUGGGAAUGUGGCUUGAGAUUGUUCUUUGUUGCAAUUCUGAGAAGAACAAUUGGAAUGUUUUUUUCUAUUGAAAACCCUGUAUGCCUCUCAGAAUUAAGUUGCUCUGAAACUCCAGAUGCAGUAGGGUAGGAGUAGGGCAGAGAAUGUAGGUGUAGCCACCAACUGACAGGGGUAUACAGUUCAGCUUACAAAAGCAGUUGAAGAAGAAGCAUCAUGUUUGCUUUAUUUCCCGCAGAGUGUAAUCUAUACAGAAAAAAAGGAAUUAUUCAGGGUAUUUUUUUGCAAAGACAUGGAAUGAUGGAAAGUAAACAGUAAAGAUAAAAUAACUGAUCUGUUUUUUCUAAAAGUAAACUUUAGAGAUAAAAACAAAAAACAAAAAAAAAACAUAAUGUAUCAAGGUAAUGACUUUUAUACUCCAGGAAGAUUGUGCUCAAUGAGCCCAUGGUAAGGGAACAAAUAAAAAACAGACUUCAAGACCUCUGACUUGUUUCUUCUCUGCAUCAUUUUGGUCUUUGUUUUUCUUCCUUUAAUAUUUGGUAAGCUUCCUACACUACAAAAAUGCCAUAACAGGUUUUAAACACACUGGUUCAUUUAAAGUUCACUGCCCACCUUAACAGGAACAUCUACGAGAUCUUACUUACUAACGAGACUUACUGUGUGCUCAGACAGAAGUGUUAUCAAUUCCAUCCCCAGGUGUUGGCUCCUGUUUACCAGGGGUAGAGACAGGGGGCAGGUGGCUUGCGGAAGGCAAAAAGUAAUGUAAACACAUUACUUGAGCCUUCAGUAACCCAUCCAACAGUGCUCCAUCAGUGCUGUUUAUUCAGUACAGUGCUUUAAGUCACAUUUCUAACCUUAGUCAUAUCUUUGUGUCAUUCCAGUGGGCAAUUUUCCUGAGCUGUCCCUGCCAUUUUCAGUAGGACUGUUAUUAUUUAUGAAAUGGAUCAUUCUUCUCAUUUUCUCAAGAAAUAUGUUAUUGGGAGUCACAAACACCCAUUACUACCAUAGGCAUGACAUAUUAAUCUGUAGCUUAGUUGAAGAAUGCUUAUUCGUUAAAGAGAGUAAAAGAAAAAAACAUCAUCUGGUGUAAAUUUCCUCUCAUUAUUUAUAUCAAACUGCAAGUAAUACUGAUAGAGCUAUCAAUGAAAUGUUGCUCUAUUUCAUUCAAGAAUGGUUCAUGACCGUAGAUUUUGGUGGAGCAGGACAACAUUAAUAACAACAUAGUCUCAAACAAAAUUAAGUCGAUAGGAUAGCAGGCUUACUGAAACUGGAUUGCUGAAGAUUUGAAACCCGAUAUGGUCUUCUGCAGUUGUAGCCCAUCUUUCUCAUCUGCUCAUCGUGGUUGUAAAGAGCGGUUAUUUGAGUUACCGUAGCUUGAACCUGGUCUGGUUAUUCACCUGACUUCUCUCAUCAACAAGGUGUUUCUGAUCGCAGGACUGCUGCUCACUGAAUGUUUUUUGUUGUUGUUGUUGUUGUUCUUUUUCGUACCAUUCUGUGUAAAGACUAUUGUGUGUGAAAAUCCCAAGAGGUCUGCAGUUUCUCAAAUACUGUCUGUCUGUCUGGCACCAACAACCAUGCCAUUCUGGUGUUUGAUGUAAACGUUAACUGAAAGUCACUGAAACUGACCUGUAUCUGCAUGAUCUUAUGCAUUGUGCUCUGCCAGAGGUGUACAGGUGUUCCUAAUAAAGUGGACAGUGAGUGUAUGUGGUUGGGCUUUGGCUUACCUGCCACCUUCGACAAGCCACCAGUGAUUUCUAAUUAUAAUCUGUGGUUUACUAACACUGCAACCAAUGGCAAUUCCUGGACUGGAGACUAUGUAGUAAUAGGGUUGAUAUGUAUAAAGCUGUUAAAAUUUGUUAAAACUCAUGUUCUCUUCAACAAACAGCAAAUAUAAUCUGUGAUUAACAUUGGAGCCUAUCCUAGGGAACUUGGGGCACGAAGCGGGGCACAAUCGGUCACACCUUCACACACGACAGACAAUUUGGAAAUGGCAAUCAGACUACAAUGUAUGUCUUUUUCACUGGGGGAGGAAACUGGAAUACCCAGAGCAGGCCCGUGAGGUACGAGGAGAACAUGCAGGCUCUGGGCACACAGGGCAGAGGUGCGAUUUGAACCCCAACUCCUGAGAUGCGAGGCAAGCAUGCUGACCACUAAGCCACUGUGCCACCUCCUAUAUAAUAUCGAGUAAAACAAGUAAGUAGUUGUUACAUGCAGGUAGGGUGGAUUGUCUGAUUUCUUUCUAAAGAUGAUUUCCAUCACAUUACAGUCUCCAAUGCACAUUCUCCGAAU